AUGUCGUCAGCAAAAGAAUGGUUCAAAAGGAAUUUCCAUCUCCCACUGCAAGCGGCGGUAAACAGCUUUAUCGACACGGUGUCGCCUCUUGAAGUCCUUCGAAAUUGCAGUCGGCCAAUGUCCUCACGUGAGAUGAGUCCAGGCCUUGGUCAACGAGCGGUGACAGAACGGCACUUGUCUCGACGCUCUCAAAGCUUUCCCAUAGUCGACGAAUUAGGACGAAAGGUAGGUGGUACUCUCGGCAAACCUCGAUAA